UAAACUAUAAACUAGAUACAUCCUUCAGUACGCGUUCUAUUACUUAUUUUAUUCCACUUCAACUUAAAAAAUAAAAAUAAAAAUUGUACACGAAAAGAAUAUAAAAAAAGAACAAACGAGCUGAAGCUCAGUACUCAGUAUCCGCAACAAUGGCUUCCUCUCCACCCACCGCCGCCGACCAAUCUUUCCCGGGCUACCUCACCACCGUCAACGUGUCAAACUUCGUCUCCUCAAAACUCUCCGGCGACAGCCGCUCGAGCAACUACUCGUCCUGGAGACAGCAAUUGCUCUGCCUCAUCGAGGCCCACGACCUGACCCGCUUCAUCGACGGCACGAUUCCGCCGCCGAAUCCUCCUCCGGCGGUCGCUUCCCCCGCCGCCGCCGACGACGAGGACGCCCGGAGGUCAAGAGACGACGAUAAUGUGGCGUGGAGGACGGAUCGAGUGGUCAAGGGCUGGAUUCUCGGGUCACUGGCCGACCCGGUGCUCCGGACGGUGGCCCAUUUAGCCAACGCCAGAGAUGUGUGGGCCGAGCUCGAGAAGAACAUCGGCGGGCCCGCCCCAUCCACCGGCCCGCCUAAGCCACAAGCCACCGAGCGCGAGUGGCGCGAGUACCUGCCGCUGUACAGAGCCACGCUUAUGGGCGAGUGGGACCGGGCCAAACAAAUCAUCGACCGGGACCCACACGCCACCAGGGCCCGGAUAGCCUUCACCUUGGAGACUUCUCUCCACAUAGCCGUGGGCACGGGCAAGGCCCUCCAUUUCGUCCAAAACCUGGUCGACAUAAUGUCUGACGACUUAUUAGGAGUGAAGGACGAGCUCGGCUACACGGCCCUCCAUGUAGCGUCUCUCACCGGAAACACGGCUGCAGCCAAGAUUCUUGUGGGCCGGAGGCCCGAUUUGCUGUGUGUGCCCGAUAACAAGGGUAGCUUCCCAGUCCACCUGGCGGCGCUGUCUGCCCAUGGGGAGACCCUUUGGUACUUGAUAUCCGAGACGAAGGACGACUGGUUCCCGAGCCCGUACCUUGGGGAGACGGGCCUCAAGCUUCUGUGUACUGUGAUUGAUGCUGAUAUUUUUGGUGGGUGCGUUUUUGGUUCGGAUGUGGCGUUGUAUUUGGCUAAAAAGUAUACACAUUUGGCUGCUUUGAAACUGAGAGAUGGCACGUCGGCUUUGAGCAGGGUAGCGCUUAAGGACUCUGCCUUCUCGAGUGGCGUAAGGCGAUUCAACUUCUGGGAACGUUUCAUUCCAUUGACUGUAUUUUUCGACAUAUCACCAGUUCCUCGUGCGAAGGCCCAUCGUCAAAGAAAACGCACUCAUGAGCUGGCGUUUGAGCUUGUUCAAUCUUUGUGCAAGAAUAUGGAGUCCUUAGAUUACAAGCAGGCCUCGGGAAUCUAUGUGGACGUCAUGCUUACGGCUGCACGCUUAGGUGUUCAUGAGGUUAUCGAGGAACUUGUGGCCACAUUCCCAGCUGCCAUAUACUCUCGUAAUUUCCACUCAAAACAGUACAUAUUCCACGUGGCGGUCGAAAACCGUAGUGAAAAGGUGUUCAACCUGAUUUACCAGACGAGCUCCCUCAGGCAUCAGUACUCGGAUUUGGUGGAUGCUAACGGAAACACGCUCCUUCACCUGGCUGCACGGUUGGCCCCACCACAUAAACUCAAUCUCGAAGUGAAGAAAUUUCUCCACCCGUAUUCCCGAGAACGAAUGAACAAUUCCGGAAAAACGCCCAAGAUGGUAUUCACAGACGAGCACAAGGAACUAAAAGCCGAAGGCGAAAAGUGGAUGAAGGACACAGCCAACUCGUGCACAAUUGCCGCCGCAUUGAUUGCCACAGUCGUGUUCGCCGCCGCUAUCACAGUCCCGGGCGGAAACGCGUCAAAUGGCUUCCCUUUCUUCUCCACAAAGGCUGCCUUCAUAAUAUUCGCUGUCUCGGAUGCCGUUUCUCUCUUCACGUCCACAUCUUCUCUCUUGAUGUUCUUAUCUAUUCUGACCUCACGCUAUGCGGAGGAAGAUUUCUUGUACGCGUUGCCCAAGAGGCUCUGCAUUGGUCUUGUCACACUUUUCAUGUCCAUCUCGUUUAUGAUGGUGGCAUUUAGCGCGACACUUUAUAUAGUUUUCGGCCGGGGAAAGGCUUGGAUACUCAUACCAGUGGCUGCCCUUGCUUGUUUGCCCGUGACCUCGUUCGUGCUGCUGCAGUUCCCGUUGCUCGUGGAUGUUAUUUCUAAUACGUACGGUCGUGGCAUUUUCGGCAAGCAGAGCAACCGCCCCUUCUAUUGAUUGAUUAAAAAUGCAGAGUUACAGCUGAAUUGUUACCUUUUUUUUUUUUUUUUUNGUGUUUGGCUGUAGAGUUUCGAUGUAGUAUGGCUAAGCAUAUUUUGUCUUCAGUCACUUUGCACUUUUUGCUGAGUUGUUUCAAUGUUGUGGUGAUUUGUAUAAGUGUAUUUAUACUCUAUAAAUAUGAUGUGUUAAGAAG